AGAGCGGGCAAAGGCGCCCCGGGCUCUCCUGAGCCGGCUGAGCAAGCUUUGGUGACUGCGGCGGGCGACAUGGACAACGCCGGGAAGGAGCGAGAGGCGGUGCAGUUGAUGGCGGAGGCCGAGAAGCGAGUCAAAGCCUCCCACUCUUUUCUCCGAGGGCUGUUCGGAGGAAACACAAGAAUAGAAGAGGCUUGUGAAAUGUAUACCAGAGCUGCAAAUAUGUUCAAGAUGGCUAAAAAUUGGAGUGCCGCAGGAAAUGCAUUUUGUCAGGCUGCUAAGCUUCAUAUGCAACUUCAGAGCAAACAUGACUCUGCUACUAGCUUUGUGGACGCUGGGAAUGCUUACAAGAAGGCAGACCCUCAAGAGGCUAUCAACUGCUUAAAUGCAGCCAUCGACAUUUACACAGACAUGGGAAGGUUUACAAUUGCGGCCAAGCACCACAUCACUAUUGCUGAGAUCUAUGAAACUGAGCUUGUAGACAUUGAAAAGGCUAUUGCACAUUAUGAACAAUCUGCAGAUUAUUACAAAGGAGAAGAAUCUAACAGCUCAGCCAACAAGUGUCUGCUGAAGGUGGCAGCAUACGCUGCACAACUGGAGCAGUAUCAGAAAGCCAUCGAGAUCUAUGAGCAGGUUGGGGCGAACACUAUGGAUAAUCCUCUAUUGAAGUACAGUGCAAAAGAUUACUUCUUUAAAGCAGCCCUCUGUCACUUUAUAGUAGAUGAGUUGAAUGCCAAGCUUGCCCUUGAGAAAUAUGAGGAAAUGUUUCCAGCAUUUACUGAUUCAAGAGAAUGUAAAUUACUGAAAAAACUUCUAGAAGCUCAUGAAGAACAGAACAGUGAAGCUUAUACUGAAGCAGUGAAGGAGUUUGACUCAAUAUCGCGCUUGGAUCAGUGGCUGACCACCAUGUUGCUUCGUAUCAAAAAGUCCAUCCAAGGGGACGGGGAAGGAGACGGGGACCUAAAAUGAAGUGUUUUAUGUCUUUGUGGCAUGCAGCUAACUCCUUUAGUUUUGUCUUAGGGCCAGGUGAUCUAUAUGGGAUGCCCAUUUAAUGGCUUAAUUUUGUUGCAUAUGAGCCAGUCUGUGUAUUGUUCAAGCUCACCACUUCUGUGUUACUGUGAAAUGGUCAAACUGGAGGCUCGCGUUCAUAUGGUUAUGACAACCAAAGUAUAUUUCAUGCUUGUCAGUAUCCCCAGAGUUUUUUAAAAAGAACUUCAGAAUCUUAUUCCUCUUCUUUUGAUAUUUACAGAACCCAUGUUUGAUGUUGCCACGUGUUUUUAUGUCCUUUUUCUUGGACUAUAGUCCUCAAUCCAAUUGUUCUAAGAGAUGCUUUGCAAAUUCUCUAUACAUUGGGCAUCUGGAUGUAUUUAAAUGUGUGUGUUUAGUUUCAGGUAGUUACUAGGAAUGAGUUUUUAAUUUCAUUAGAAAUCGUUUAUUUUUGUUCAGUGAUUAUUUUGACGGUGCUAGUGACAAGUUUCUUUGCUAUUUGUAUUCUGUAUGCUCACAUGUGCAUGGCAGAAAUUUUAGAGCAGCUGGAAUCUUGUUGGCAUCACUUGCAUUGUGAAACAAAGAAGUCUUCUGUCAAUACUUUUUUGUGUAUGGAUGAAUGUCCAGGUGAAUUUGAUUGAUUUGUACUUGAACACACACAGUCAAAUGUGUAAGAUCUAUGAAAGAUAGAAUUUUUCCUUACCCUGGAUAAAGAUUUCAUUUUUUGUUGGGGUAUUUUAAAACACUUUUGAAAGUGUUUUAAUCAUCACAUCCAGUUCUUCAUUUUCAUAUGUACACACUUACCCACAUUGACCUGUUGAGCUCCCAUUGAGCUGCUGUGGGUGCCAUGGCUGUGCAGAUCUUGGUCAAGCCUAGCUGAGUGAUCCCAUUUGGAGCAUGGGAAUGUUUGUGAUUACCUUAUUCACCUGUUCAACAUGUAAGUUAGAUGGGGUCAACAUGGCACAGAAGUUUAUACCUGGUUGGGCAAGAACCCUGUCUGAGGAGUCUUGGUUUUUCAUUGAUGUACCUCUGGCCUGUUUGCUUGGCUUACAUAACAUAUGUAUGUAAGUUCUCUUGAAUUAAGAACUUGAUCCGCUAUUACUUUAUAUGAAGAUAAUAUAGACAUGAUCUUGUUUCCUGAAUCUUCUGGGUAUAUUUUAUGCUGAAAUGAUUUGUUUGAGGUGCAUAUGUUGCCAGACAAAACUCACAGUACUUUCUGAAUUGUCAUUAGUGACAGUUAUAAUGAAACUUACUAUGUUUUGUCAAGAUACUAAGUUGUAUUGGAAUGGUGUUCUCAUUUUUGGAUGGCCCUGGACUGGGACUACUAAAAUGUGAUUAAGUAGAAGUGAGUGGCUAAUACCACUGAGUAUUAGGGCUGAGUGAGGAUAGUUUGAGAAUAGAUGAGUAGCUUAUGUCAGUCUAGGCUAAAAGAGGAAGUAGCAGGAGGUCAAGUUGAAAAGGGCCCACCAAAGCAACUUCAAAGACUUACUGAUCCACUCAUGGUGGUUAUAUGCAUGAGGUCCUGGGGGAGCAGAAAGCUCAGUGAUGUCAGUGCACUGGUGGAGGUAAAGGAAACCAAGGAAGACCCUGAAAGCCAAUAUUCCCUCUUUCCUUAAAAGUUCUAGGGGGUUCUUAAAUGAAAACUGGCUGUCUCUGAAAGGAUAAGUUUGAAGUGAGCCCUUUUGGUGCUUCUUGACUCCCUGUUAGAAUCACAUAUGAAAAAAAGUGAUGAGAGAACAGUGGGUUCUUGUUGCUGUACCUGAUAUGUUCUUUAACCCGUCACAUACACAUUUGUUGAAAACGAUGUUUUGGAAGUAGUUCUGUAGCACAAGUCCUCUGGGUCUGAGUCAAUUCCAGGAGGAAGGAUUUUAACACAGCCACUGUGCUUGUGUCAGCAUUAUUCAAGAAGUGUGUGUCCACUUGUUAAAAGAGAACUGGUCUGAUCAUUUAAAGUAAAAACCAAGUGAUGCCUUUCAGGGCAACUCUUUACCUUUCAGCACAGUCCCCUGACUCCUGUCUGAAGAAGAGGCAUGUUUUUUAAACAAUAGUGUUCGUACCAUUUUGCAAUGCUGAUCAGAGUCUCUUGUUUGUAUUAAAGUAAAUGCUGGGAUCAGUGUCUGGGUUAAGAAAUAAUUUUUGUUUUUAAUAUUUUACAUUCAACAAAUAAAAGUAAUUAUAAUGUUAAUAACAGACCUGCCAGAAAACAAAAAAAUCAGAAAGAGCCCAGACGAUAGUGUGCAAACUCACUUUCUUCAAAUGUCCCAUGAGUACAGUACAGUGCCAUGUCUCAAGAUGCCUAGGAGUUAGGCUUUCCAGAUGUCUAGUUACUUAUGAACAAAACAGAAUGAUCGUUUAUGUAACAGUUCUUGUACUUCAGCAAAUCUGAGAUUAGUUCACAGUUAAAGUCAGUUAAAAUUUCUUACAGGAAAGCUUUGCUUUUUGUGGCAACAUUUUUAUAUAAGCUUGUGUGGAUUCCUUUUUUAUUUAAUGAUCUGAAAACAGUAUUUUUGCACAAUUGUGACCAUGUGUGAUGGUGUCACUAUAACCAAAGUCUGUGCACCAACCCUUGUGCAUUUAUUGUUCCUUCCAGUAUUGUGCAUUUAAAAUGUCCAAAUACAAACUGCUGUGACUUUCUUUGGAGGAUCUGGCAGCACAGCAUGCCCCCGUGACCUGCCCGCUGAGGUGUGACCAGUAGAAGGCUUCCUGCCCUGUAAAGUCUUGAGUUGAUCUCAGGCAGGGGAUUACAUUAUGAAAACUAACCAUGUAACGUUAAACCUACCCUUGCAGAAAGAAUGUGUUUUAUGUGAACCUGUACAGUAAAUAAAGUGGAAAUUAUGAGUAGUA